AUGAGAAGAUAUGGAGAGAAGAUGAAAUCUCUUCAAGUGUUAGAGAAGAUUCUACGAUCAAUUAGUCCCAAGUUCGAGCACAUGGUUAUAGCAAUAGAAGAAUCUAAGGAUCUUAGUGCCAUGACCACUGAUGAGCUAAUGGGCACACUUGAGAUUCAUGAACAAAGGAUCAACAAGAAGACUCCCUCAAGUUCUCUAGAGCAAGCUCUUCAAUCAAAGCUCAAUGAAUACAGAAGUAGAGCAACAACAAAACCUAGAGAGCAAGCAAAUUUUUUCGAGCAGGAAACAAACAAAGUUGGUCCUACAGUCCUGUUUGUCCACCAUGGAGACACUGAAAACCAAAACAAUGUUUGGUAUCUAGAUUCGGGAGCCAAUAAUCACAUGUGUGGUAAAAGAGAGUCGUUCGUUGAGCUUGACGAGACUGUACAAGCACAAGUCUCAUUUGGUGAUUCUUCAAAGACUCCAGUGAAAGGAAGAGGUAAUAUUCUGAUUGAGCUCAAGAAUGGAGAUCAUGAUUACAUCUCCAGUGUUUAUUAUGCUCCUGCCAUGAAGAACAACAUUUUGAGUAUGGGACAACUCCUAGAGAAAGGAUAUGACAUCAGCAUGAAAGAUUGCCAUCUUACCAUCAAAGACAAUCAUGGUAAUUUGAUCGUUCGAGUGAGAAUGUCCAAGAAUCAGAUGUUUGCAUUGAACAUCCAACAUGAUGUUGCGAAGUAUUUAAGUGCCAUUAUCAAAGACAAAAACUAG